UCUCUCUCUCUCUCUCUCCUUUCAUCUCGUCUCUUUCUCUUCCUUAUUUUCCUCCUCGUCUUUCUCUUCUUUUUAUCUUCUUCUUCUUCUUCCUCUUCUUCUUCUUCUUCUUCCUCCUCCUCCUCCUCCUCCUCCUGCCGUAACUGUCACCGGUGUUAUUGUGUUGCGUCAUCAUCAUAUCAUCAUCAUCAUCAUCAAUAUUAUAAGUGUGUGAUUUACUUCGUCCUCAACUCCAUCAAUUAAUUACAAGUGCCAUCAUGUGUUCUAAGACUGCGAUGGUGGUGGUGGUGAUGCUGGCGGUGGUGCUGGAGGUGGUGGAGGUGGUGGAGGUGGAAGAAGAGGACAUGGUGCUGGGCUACGACACCGCCGAUCAACACCACUUCCAGAGAGGACGACCAGGCCAAGCAGUGAUGGGGGUGUAUGGCUGGACGUCCCCUGAGGGUGUUCACUUCCUGGUCCGCUACAUCGCCGACGCCGCAGGGUACCGUGUCCUGGAGACCAACGCCGCGCCCGUCGACGCCGCGGGGGUGGCGGCGGACGGGGGGCAGGGCGCGGCGACCCCCACGCCCACAAGCUAACUUCAACUCUCCCGUCUGAGCCCUAAUGAAACCAUCACCACCACGCCCACGCCAACGCCCACGGUCACCAGGAUACCCACGUCUGAUCAGUAUCACGCCCAUGCCCUCGCCCACACACCGCCACGCCCACCACAACACCCACAUCUGAGUCCUAAUGAAGCCAUCACCACCACGCCCACAACGACACCCACGUCUUAUCAGUACCACGCCCAUGCCCUCGAACACACACCACCACGCCCACCACUACACCCACAUCUCAGUCCUAGUUAAGCCAUCACUACCAAGCCCACGCCCACUCACACUCCCACACGCCCCACACACCCAGGUACAAAGUAGUUAGUGUUCUGUGUGUUGAGUAGAAGAUAAUGUGUUGCAAGGACAGUGUAGAGACUUGUAUAGAGGAGUUGGCCGUGUGCUGCCUCGCUAUAGUAUCAGUGUGUUGAGUCAGUGUGUUGCAGGACUGUGUAGAGACAUGUAUAGACGUGUUUGUGUGUUGCAUCGCUAUAGUAUCAGUGUGUUGAAUCAGUGUGUUGCAGGGACUGUGUAGAGACUUGUAUAGAGGAGUUGGCCGUGUGCUGCCUCGCUAAAGUAUCAGUGUGUUGAAUCAGUAUGUUGCAGGGACGGUGUAGAGAUAUGUAUAGAGGAGUUGGCCGUGUGUUACAUCGCUAUAGUAUCAGUGUGUUGUGUUAGUGUGUUGCAGGGACAGUGUAGAGACUUGUAUAGAGGAGUUGGCCGUGUGUUGCAUCGCUAUAGUAUCAGUAUGUUGAAUCAGUGUGUCUGGGACCGUGUAGAGCCAUGUAUAGACGUGUUCGUGUGUUGCCUCUCGCUGUAGUGUUUGAAGAGUACAGUUUUCCAUGUGU